AGGUAUACUGAGUUUGCAACUUCCUAGCAAGGUUAACGCCAGCACCAUGGUGGACAGCUGUUGCCCCAGAACCACCAUGACCAUUCCAGCUGUGCCCACUUUCAUAUGCUCAAAUGGCAGUAGCUUCCGAAAUGGUAUCUGUUUGCCUAGUUCCUGCCGGAGCAGAACGUGGCAACUGGUCACAUGCCAAGAAAGCUGUCAGCCAUCCAGCAGUGCCCCAAGUGGCUGUGAACCUGCUUCUUGCCAACCUACCUGCCUUCCAACAACUUCUUCUGUUGGUUUUGUCUGCCAACCCAUUUGCUCUUGUACGGCCUGCUAUGAAUCUGGCACUGGUCAGUCUCCAUGUCUGGUUAGCUCAUGCCAACCCUCCUGCUCAGAAUCUACCAGUUGUCAGGUAAAUUGCUGUGAAGCCAGCCUCAACCAGCAAACCUCCUGCCAAGAACCUGUCUUUGUGUCUGGAUCAUGCCAGGCAGCUUGUGGCCAAUCGGUCUGCUGUGACACUAGGUCCUGCCAGCCAUCCUGCUCUGAAGUAACUUCCUGUGCUGAAAAUUCUUGCCCACCAACCAUCUGUGCAGCUAGUCCGUGCCAGUCAACUUCCUGCCAACAAGGUUCAUGUCAACCCACUAAUGGCAAAGAUCAGCUCUGCAAAUCAACUUAUCACCAACCCAUCUGCUACAUUUUUAAGACUUGCCAAUUGGUUCCCUUUAUGCCUGUUCCCUGCCAGCCGUCAACUUGUGUGUUCAGUUCUUGCAAUCCUACAUGCUGUGUGUCCUCUCUUUGCCAGCCACUUUACUGCCAACCAUCUCCUUCGAUAUCCUUCGUCUGCCAGCCAGUGGCUAACUGCCAGCCCCCAUGUUUUGUAAAGAACGCUUGCAAACUAGUUUCCUGUGGCACCAUGCUUUCUGGCCAACCAACUUGUGAUGGAUCCACUUCCUGCAACCGAGAUGUCUGCAAAUCUCCUUCCUGUCAACCAGCUUGCUGUGUGACAGGUUUAGGCAAACCAUCCAGCGGUGGCUGCAAUCGCUUUUGACCAACUGCCCCAAGUCUCUGCAAAGCCAGCACCUGCUCGCCAACUUCCUGACAACUCAGGCAUAAGUCCAGCUGCUGUAAGGCAAUGCUUCACUGAUGCAGCACUCUCCACAUUUCUGAGGUCUGCCACUAUCUGCAAAUGCAUUGCUACCCUGUGGUGUCCUUUUCUGACUGAGUGCAAAUGCUAUCUGCAUGCUAACUUCAUUCUCAGUCCAGCCCCACAUUCUAUCCAGGGGUUGGCGAGGGAAUUUGCCCAGGCACUAAGAAAGAGACCUUUCUUUAUCAAGGAGAAAGUUUCAGCAAGCACGGUCCACGCUACAGCUUGCAUUUGCUCAUGUUAUCAUUUCAUUUCACCUCCGCAAAACCUCCUCUCCGGCUUUUCUUUCAUUUGAUGUUGCCCAGUCUUUAAAAAGACUUCUCUGAUGUCAAUUGCCAAUAAAACUGUGAGUGGUUAAACAUCA